AGUCCCUUCCAACUCUGUCAAUCUGUUAAUUUAGAAUGUAUUUAAAUUCCUUUAUGGAUAUUCUUGUUAUUUUCUUACUGUGAUAUUUCAUCAGUAUUCAUAUACCAUGUUACAUUAAAUGUUCUUACUUAUUUCUGUCAAUCUGGAACCAAUUACCAAAUUUUCCUAGAGAUAUCAGUUCAGAGUUUAAAUUUAAUGCAAGGCUUUUGUGGGAUUCAGUAAAUGAGACCCAGCUUAACUCAUCACUUGCCUUUAACCGUGGUUAAUUCUCUCCAUGGAGCUCUUGCCUCACAAUCAGGAGGUUGUGAGUUCGAUCCUAGGUAGAGGCAGAUGUAAGGUCUCCUGCUUGGGCAGGGGGUUGGACUAGAUGACCUACAAGGUCCCUUCCCACUCUGUUAAUCCUUUAAAUAGUAUCUCCUCCCCAGCUCUAAGCAGCACAAUGUUUUCCUAGCUGUUUUACUUGGGAAGUGGUCUCUUCCCUCUUGAUCCCAUAGAAAUGUCCUUUGUGACAUCAUUGCUGAUGUGCUCAGAAGCUGAGAUCAGCCGGACUCCUAUUGGCUACUUCAGGAGGGCUACUGUCAUCUUCCUGCCCCUUGUGAGCCCCUUGAUGAGGAUAUCUGGAUCCCCAGAAGUGGAUCCCACUGUAGCACCAGGGAAGUUCCCCUCAGAGCUGCUCUUUCUCUCUGUCAGGAUCCCCCCCACUCUUCUCCAGCUACAGAAACACCAGGAGCCUUAGAAUCAAUCAGGGAGAAGAGCUCAGGGUGGAAAUGGGGGGGUCCUUGGUGUUUCUCCGGAGACGUCUCAUUACCCAACUAGUUAACAUCAUCAGGGCAACAACCAACCUCUGGGAGCCCCAAGAACUCUUCAACUCUUAUGGGGCCUUUUUGCUCAACUCUUUCAGGCAGUGGUGAAAUGCAAAAUUUUUUGCUACCGGUUCUGUGAGCUUGGCUUGGUGGUGGGUCAUGUUACUGGGUGGGCGUGGCCUUUUUUUUUUUAAACUUUUUAAAGCAUUUUUUCCUACCUAUUCUCCCGAACCAUAGUAAAAAAAAUGCUUUAAAAAAGUAAAAAAAAGGUUCCGACGAUUACAGCUGUGCUGAGCAUUUCACCUCUGCUUUCAGGGCAUCUGCAGCACUUCAGCUUCCAGCAUGCCCACAGACACAAACACACAAUCACAGAAACGCACAAAGGGUUUCCAGAACCCAAGGUCCUCGACCUAGCUGAAAGCAGGAGCGGGAAGAAGGGGCGGGGAUUCAAGUGGGUGGAGCCUGAGAUAAAACCAGAUGCUCCGCCCCACCUCUCAUCUCCCUCUGGCUGGAUCUCUACCUUCCCUUCACCUGGCGAGGAUCUGGGCUGGAUCCCUUGAGAGAGGCUUCUGAUUUGAAUUCUAGGAACUGAAGUCCCCCCAUCAUAAAAGAUGACCAUUCCCCAUCAACACCCACGACAUCCAAUAUUUAUUGGAUAGAAUUCUUCAUGAACUUUUAUGUACACUGAGAGCUUAUGCACCAAGACACAUUCCUUGUGUGUCAAAUCACACUUGGCCAAUAAAAAAUUUCUAUUCUAUUCUAUUCUAUUCUAUUCUAUUCUAUUCUAUUCUAUUUUAUUCUAUUCUGCCUAGUGGUUGAGGCCCUGCAUUAGAAAGCCUGAGGCCAAGGGUUCCAGUCCUGCCUUGGCCAUGAAAGCCAACUUGGGUGACCUUGGGCUAGUCACUUUCUCAGCCUAAAACACCUCACAGGGUUGUUGUGAGGCAAUUAGGUAAAGAAAGAUGUGUGGGAUACAUUCACUGUGUGUUAUUUGUAAAAAUAAUAAAGGCGGAUAUCAAUAAAUAAAAAUAAAAAAAUCAUCUCCAUUUCACAGUGGGCCGUGGUGGCUCAGGCUGUAAGAUAGCCUGUUAUUAAAACACAGCAGCCUGCAAUUACUGCAGGCUCGAAUCCCACCAGGCCCAAGGUUGACUCAGCCUUCCAUCCUUUAUAAUGGAGGUAAAAUGAGGACCCAGAUUGUUGGGGGGCAAUAAGUUGACUUUGUAAAUAUAUAAAUAGAAUGAGACUAUUGCCUUAUACACUGUAAGCCGCCCUGAGUCUUCGGAGAAGGGCGGGAUAUAAAUGUAAAUAAAAAAAAAAGUGGCUUGGGUGGCUUGUUACCCUCUUGGGUUGGGUUGCCUCCAUAGGAAGAAUGGGGAGAUCUGGGUUCGUCCCCCAAACUUUCCUCUUUCCUGUCUUGGCGUCUCUGGGGAUUAGGAAAUCCCGCUUCCAGCCUGCAGACAGAGACACUCUUCCCAUGGGCAGAGGAACCCUCCACACCGACGCCCAUCGGAGGAACGGAGGAGGUUUCGGAGCACGUGGUCCUGCCUGGGAGGGGAGAAUAGAGGGGAGGGGGAGGGCAAAGAAGAGGGGGAGGGGCUUCAAGUCGGGGAUGGAGCCCGAGAGGAGAGUAGGAGGCCCCGCCCCUUUCCCCUCCCACUUUCCGGAUCUCUGCUUCCAUCCGAGAUUCCUGCUUCGCCCGGCGAUCCCUCGGGAGAGUCUUCUGGAUCCUCCUCGGAGCAGAUGGGGCCGUUCUCCCUCCAGCCUCUAAGCCGCCCCUCCUCCCAGGAGAUCCUCUCUCACCAGGAGGAAGGGAGCAGCGGAUCCCGCUCUUCCGGCUCGCAGGAUUUCCUCGCAGAGAUCCAGUCUGGCGUUGCCUGCAGGGAACGGAUCCCUCUCUCCCCUCCAGGGGGGCAAAGGGGCUCCGUCCCCGGAUCUGCCCCCUCGUCCGGCCUAAGCUCCCCGGGGGGGCUCCGGGUGUAUCCGGGGUGGAGCUUUGGGGAAAUUGCUUCAAAAGAUCUCUCUGGUCGGUAAGAGAUCGAAGCCUCUGAGCAUCCACAUCCUGCACGUGCAGUUGGGAAAAUUGAGUAAACGGAGCUUUAAAACGUUUGUUCAGGAAAACAACUGUGACCAAAGAUUUACUUUCAAGACAACUAACGAGAGAUAGUAGAAAUUCUGCCCAAGGCAGUAUCCAAAGGAAAGCAUGAAGCGUGGGAAACGCUUGGAUCUCCCAUCAGACAAAAGCAGCCCUCCAAGAACGCCCAAAAGAACCCAUGAAUGCUCAGAGUGUGAGAAAUCCUUUGCUCACAGAUCCCUCCUUUUGACCCACAGGAAGGUCCAUGUGGGAAGGGGAUCCAGUCAAGGUUUGGAGUGUGAGAAAUUUUUCUCUGGGAAAAACUCCAAAGAUCUCAAAAGCCUCACGAUACCAAAACCCUAUAAAUGUGAGGAAUGUGACUUAUGCUUUGGUCGAAAGUCACACCUUCUUAGACAUCAGAAAAUCCACACAGGAGAGAAACCGUAUCAAUGUCUGGAAUGUGGGAAAUUUUUCCGUAGAAAAGCCCAUCUUAUAAACCACGAGAUAAUUCACACAGGGGAGAAACCGUAUAAAUGUUGGGAAUGUGGGAAGAGCUUUUCUCAGAAGUCAGGUCUUGGGCUCCAUGAGAAGAUCCAUGCAGGAAUCAAACCUUACAAAUGCUUUGAGUGUGGAAAAUGUUUCACUGACAGCUCAACUCUUCGGAAACAUCAGAAAACACACACAGGGGAGAAAAAUGUAAAGUGCCUUGAAUGUGGGAAAUGUUUUACCUUGAAAUCAAACUUGCUGCAACAUCAGAGACGUCACACUGGAGAGAGACCCUAUGAAUGCCCAGAAUGUGAGAGACGAUUUGUGUUUUCUCAUGAACUUCAAACACAUCAGAAGUGGCACAAAGGGGACCUACCCCAUAAAUGUGGGGAGUGUGGGAAAAGUUUUAUUUCACCAACCCGAGUUCAGAUUCAUCAGAGAAUCCACACGGGGGAGAAGCCCUACAAAUGUGGGGAGUGUGGGAAAUGCUUUUCCCAAAAACAACACCUUGAACGCCAUCAAAUCUUCCACACAGGAGAAGCCAUUCAGAUGCGAGAAUGUGGAAAAUCUUUUGCUUCUCAUGGAGCCUUUGAGCCAUCAUAA